CAAUUGAAAAAAGGAAAUCAAGUGCUGUACGAUACUCUAGAUGAGUACUACUUGGCUACUGUCACUUUGGGAACUCCAGCUCAAACCUUCAAUGUCGCGGUUGACACUACCUCAUCAAAUUUGUGGGUUCUUGAUGUCAACUGUGCCUCACGAAACUGCCACGGAUUUGCUCACAAUAACACUUUGAAGCACACAUACAAUAGUUCAGCUUCCUCAACGUUUCGGGAUUCUAAAAAGGAUUUCGAGAUCACUUACCAUGGAUCCCUUCUAACUAAACUAGGACAGGAGAAACUUAAUAUGGCUGGCUUUACAAUUUCCAAUCAAGACUUUGGAAGAGCUUUAAAUGUACCCUAUGUCUAUACCAAACAACCAGUGGAUGGAGUACUUGGUUUGGGAUUUCCAGCACGUGCGAUUAGUGGAACAAAACCUGUAAUCGUCAAAUUGCUGCCACAUAUGGACAGUCCUGUAUUCUCAAUUUGGUUGGAUAAGCAUGGCGAGGAUUAUAUGGAUGCAGGUGCAAUUGUGUACGGAGGAGUUGAUCAAAAAGUGUGUGAUAAGGAAGUGAAUUUUGCUCCACUUGCGGAUCCGACGGUCUGGGGAUAUUAUGUGGAUGGAGUGUCUUUUGGCAUCUACAAGAGAGUGGGAAAGCAACAGGCCAUUUCAACAACUGGAUCGGGGUGGACAGGAAUGCCCAGUCGAGAUUUAACUGCACUUGUCAACAUUACCACCACAUACGAUUUGGCCAAUGAAGCGUUCAUGGUCCCGUGCUCUAACAUCAAAUCCUAUCCGGACAUCAUUCUCCUUAUUGCUGGAAAACCGUAUACUAUCAAAUCAGAAAAUUAUGUCCUCGAUUUGGGAUUGCACAACGGACAAUGCGCCUUGGCUUUUUAUGAUACAAAUGAUGAGAGUGGAGAAAUGCCGUGGGUUAUUGGAGACGCCCUGAUUCGUGGAUGUUGUCACAUUUACGAUUUUGGAUUGUCGAGAAUUGGAUUCGCG